ACCUCAGUCAAAUUUUGAAAUCUUUGUUGCUUAGCACUCUUUUCAAUUUAAAAACAAACAACAAUCGGGUUUCUCGUUCACUGAACCCUUUUCCCACUUAUCCCUCUUUCAUCUCUAUCUCUCUCUUCCCAAUCUGAAACAAAAAUGGGUGCUUGUUGCAGCAAGACGAAUCCAAUCUCUUCUACGCCUACCCCACUCGAACUCAAAAUCAAACCUAACCUUCAACAACAACCGGAGAAGAGAACCCAAGCUUCCGUCGCCAUUGUUGCUACAGCUAAGGAGCAAGAAGUUGCCAAGAAGGAAGCUUUUGUCGUCAAACAUCGGAAGAGUCAUGAAAUUGAUCGACACCCAGAUCAAGAAACUCGCAAAUCGAUGGACAGGAAGAAAACCCCUAUUUCCAGUCCGACCACCGACGUUUCUCAAUCGGCCGCGGUUGUUGUUAAUGGUGAAUCGGGGAAAGCGGUGGGUGCAACUGUGAGAACGUCGAGUUGUACUAAAGAAGAGGUGGAUGCGAUUCUGAUACAGUGUGGGAGGCUUAGCCGGAGCUCCUCCGGCGUAAAAGGUGGGGAAACUCCUACACGUGGCAGGAGGUAUUCCGGUUCGAAGAGGAGUUUUGAUUUUGAUAUGGAAAUGGGUUCGAAGAAUGAGGAAGAUGAAGUUAUCGUCGACGGUGAUAACCAUAGGCGGCGGCCGCAGCGGGAGCAUCGGGUUUCAUCUCCAUCGUCCCGGAGGAGGAGUAGGGAAAGAGAUCCACAACAACAAAGAUCUGGGAGUAAAGAAAGAGGAAGUGGGAGUGGCAACGGCGGUGGAAGGAGAGUAAGCAGAUCCCCAAAUAGAAGAUCUGAAUCACCGAAUCCUAACUCCAGUGGCAGCAACGGGAAUGUCGCCGCCGGUGGUAAUAGCAAUAGGCCGGGUAAGAUGGUAUCCGUCCCAGCCACCGAUAAAAGCAACAACCCUGGUGGCGUAGAGGUGGUUGCCGGUGGAGUGAAGAAGAUUUCAGUGAAGCGAAACGCCGGCGAAGCUUUGGGUUCUCGGACUGCAGCAUCUCCACGUUCUAAAUCUCCGGCGAGGGCAAACCUUCGUGUCUUGAAUGAGAAUCAGAAUCAGCAGCCAUUAACACUGAGUCGAAGCAAUUCAAGGAAGGCAGAGCAUUCUCCUUACAGAAGGAAUCCGCUGGCUGAGAUCGAUACAAACGCUGCUGGAUCCGAUCAACCAAACACUAAAGCUCAAUUGCAGAAACCAAAUGUGGAGAAGACGAUGAAUAACAAAACCACCACCGUUGUCGUUACCAAAAACACCAUAGCCAAAGAAUACCAGGUGAUCGACGAAGCUAAAAUUGCAGUCGAAAAUCUGAAAAACAAUCAACUCGUAACAAGAACACGAUCUUCAAGGCUAUCUCGAGACCUAGACAUAAACCCAGAAACUCUACUAAACUCCAACCCACCAUCCUACGCUAGUUUAUUACUAGAGGACAUCCAAAACUUCCACCAAAAAAACCCCACCACCGCCACCGCCACCACGGUGGCUACAACACCGCAACCUCCCGGUUUUUCCCUUCCAGCCUGUGUCAGCAAGGCGUGCUCCAUUCUUGAAGCUGUAGCGGACCUCAAUUCCGCCAAUAACUCCAACGAACGUCAAUUCAAGAAGAAAGACAACCUUGUGGAGUCGGAGAUGGUGGUUGAUGAUGAUCUGACGGAGCCAAGUCUGCACAAGUAUGUGACUGUGAGGAGAGGUGCUGGUGAUGCAGAUGCUGACGAACAUGAAUCAUCAGGGAGCAAUAGUUUUGCUGGAAGUCAGCAGAUGAGUUGGAUGUCAUCUUCAUGGGAGCCAAAUUCAGGUGAUUCCACAAGUUGCUAUACUUCUUCAAGGUCGAAUGAAGUUCAGAAAAGUGGGGAGUAUCCUAGGAGUGGAAUAGGACGUGGGAGAGUAGGUGUUCAUGGUAGAAGUGCUUAUUCAUUGCCGAAUUAAUGUGUUGAACAUAGUUUUAUUAUGGGUUCUGGUUUCAGUUAGAUCACAUUUCUUUUGUUUGUUGCAUACUUGCAACUGUGUCUGUAAGUCGAUAGAAUGUAUUUGAUUCUUCUUUAGUCUUCAAGAA